AUGGGUUCACAACGUACUGCUGUUCUGUAUAAGACAAAGUAAUUGUUUUACCAUGACAGCAUCAACUACCCCUACGACCAGGGGGGAGGGGUGAUGGAGAAAUGUGGGUGGAGUCACCCAUGACAGACAGGUCAGGGAAUGUAGAAAAGACAGUCAGAGGACAGACUGAAACACAGACACCUGCAGCCUCUGAAGCCAAACUACGAUAUAUUACGUAUUCGAGAACACACUGCCUAAUUGAAGCCAUGAAGAUCACCAUUGUGCUCUGUUGCACUGUGCUCCUGGCUCUCUCAAUCUUUGCUGUGGACCAAACCAAUGCUCGGCUCAGACUGCCCGAGUGUGACGAGUACACCUUACCAUAUUGCACCGAGGAGUACAAACCUGUGUGUGGGAGUGAUGGACUAGCCUCUGAAGCCAAACUACGAUAUAUUACAUAUUCAAGAACAAACUGCCUAAUUGAAGCCAUGAAGAUCACCAUUGUGCUCUGUUGCACUCUGCUCCUGGCUCUCUCAGUCUUCGCUGUGGACCAAACCACUCUCCCGGCGGCCAGAGAGCCCCAGUGUGACAAGUACCACCUACCAGCAUGCACCAAGGAGUACAAACCUGUGUGUGGGAGUGAUGGAGUCACCUACGACACAGAGUGUGUCCUCUGUCUAUACAACAAGGACAAUAACCAGCAUGUCUGGGUGGAGAAAGAUGGGGAGUGCUAG